CCGGUUGUACUUGUCACGCUGUGCGUCUAUCUUCGGAUCAGUGGCCGUUUGGGCUUCCAGGCCAUUGUCGUAUUUCUACGCGUAUUUUUCUAGCCAACUCUUUUGAUAAUUGUUUUAAUGUCAGUUCCUUUGUGUAUCUGCAACUUGUUCGGUGUCUUUGAAACUUUUGCCCACCUGAAAAAAAAGCCAUUUGUGCUACUGUGGUUUUGGUAGUUGAGGUUAUCGGUCACAUUGUGCUAGCAUACAUCAUCAUGUCGUCGACAUCACAGAAACUCAAAAACUUCACAUCUGAGCCCAUGGGGGACAAGCCUGUCACAGACUUGGCAGGUGUCGGUGAAGUUCUUGGGAAGCGGCUCGAGGCGCAAGGCUUUGACAAGGCCUAUGUUGUCCUUGGACAAUUCUUAGUUCUGAAGAAAAACCGCGAGCUGUUCCAAGAUUGGAUGAAAGAAGCAUGUCAAGCAAAUUCCAAACAAUCGUCAGAUUGUUUCCAAUGCCUUUCUGAAUGGUGUGAAGAGUUUUUGUAAAUUUUUUUUUCAAAUAGCAUCAGAUCCAAAACGUAUUUCCAAGAUGAAUUAUUUUCUUUCUUUAAACAUUAUUGUGCUUAUUUUCUGUGAUGUGCCUUUUUAUAUGUACUACUGCUAUCUUUGAGAACACUGACCAUAACGUUAUAUGAUGCCCACAUAGUAUA